AUGAUCAUGGCAGACGAUAUAUCAUCUUCAUUGGACUUUCAAUUCACACCUUUGGACGACCCAUUCGACCAACCUUCAACACCUCCACCACCUCCACCUCUACCUCAACUUCGUUCAUCAUCGUCAACAGUAACAUCAACAUCAACAUCAACCACAACAACAACAAUUACAACAACAACAACUUUAUCAUCAUCAACAUCACCGUCACAACAACAAUCACAAUCACAAUCACAAUCACAACAACAACAACAGUUACUUAGAAUAGAGAAGGAUGCACCUGAAUUGAUAAUAUUGAUUGGUCCACCAUGCUCAGGUCGCACUUAUUACUAUUAUCAGAAUCUACAAUCUUCACAUGUCAGGAUAUCGGCAACAGAGCUAUUCAACAAGGACAGCGAUACAUCCUUCAGAAGUGUCAUUCAGAAUCAUGUGAUCAAGACAUUGUUGGAUGGCAAGAGUGUUGUGAUUGACGACACCAACCACUUGCAAUCAGUGCGCACAUCCUAUGUCCAGGCGCUGCUCAAGGCCAACGUGCCAAUCUCAAGGAUAUCAGUGCUCAACUUCAUCCCGGCGGGCGGCGAGCAGCAGGUCCAAUGGGCCACGGCAUGGGCCUACUGCGAGCGCGCAAUGUCCCAACUGCCCUCGGCGAUCGAACACUACAAACCACUGGAUUACGAUCAGUUCAAGGCAGAGUACCACGUUCCAAACAAGCGCGAGGGAUUCUGCGUGUUGCGCGAUGUCACCACGCCCCUCAUUCUGAACCAGCACAACGCGGCUCAGAAGAAGGAGCUGACCAACGUGGCGUUGUUCUUGGACGCACGCGCCAUCCUCAGGUUCGCCGAUCGCACGCAACAGUCAACAUUCAAGUUGCCACCAGGCACUCUCAAGUUCAAGUACGCGGUUCAGUUGCGCGAUAACAUUGACAUUGCAAUCAGAGAGUGGACCACCAGUUAUAAGUCCAUUGGACAGAAUCGCGUUGUAUUGCUCAUUGAUGAGGUGGCACUAUAUCCCGCGUCAGUGGACUUUAACGACCCAAUCACUGUGGAGUACUAUCGCAAGGAGAUCAAAAAGUGUAUCAAGACACUAUCCGAUCAGAUCUCAUUCCCAGUCUACUAUCUGUCCGUGCCUGCAUUGGUGCCUGGCAAUGACUUUUAUCGAUUCCCCAAUCUUGGACUGUUUGCCAUGGCCCAAUACAGACAUCGACUAUCCCUUCAAGGAUCAAUCGUGGUCGUGGACGACCAAGACAUCAAGUUCAGCGCGACCCUACCUUUCCAAGUCUGUUUGGCGUCCAAGUUCUUCCAAGGUUCGACCUGGAGUGUGGAAACAAAGUUAUCAAAGUGUAUUGAUAACCUUGGUAGCUUCCCAACAUUCUUGGAGAAUAUACAGUUCGUGUCUUAUGAUGAUAUUGAUGGCUUUGUUCCAGAGAAGGGCAUGCCACUAUUCGCGAGAGUUCAAGCCAACACGAAUGAGAAGUCAACAACAGAGGAACAUAUGCCCACUGGCAAACGACAUGGUGUAUUCUUCCCACAUGAAGACCACAUCAGACAGUCAGCAGCUGUUUCUCAAGAUGACAUUGCCGACGACAACGAUUUAUCAGUCAUCAACGAGCCAGACCGUGCACAAGAGCCAAGCAAUCAAACACCGCCAAUCGACACAUCAGCCAACGGUGGUAAGAUAUUACCUUGGGUCACAAACAGAUUUAUGGUGGACUUUGGUAUCGAUGAGCCAAGUGUCUAUCGUGGCGAAUCAUAUUACAAGGAGGCAAGACUGAGUAAUAUUGAUAUCAGCACAAUGGAGCCAGACUACUCGUCACCAUCGAUAAAGGUGGCGGCACAGUGUAGGGGCACAUCACCACAGCCCUACAGUCUGAUGGUGCGCUACAGAGUUCGAGGCAACACCACUACGUCACCAAUACUCGAGUCAUACUGUAGUUGUCCAAAUGGAACGAGGACCUAUGGCAAGUGCAAGCACAUCGUAGCACUGCUGUAUCAUUGUAAUGUCAACUUAUCGGAGAACCCUACCACCAACAAAGUUGAGAACAUCAUCAACAACUCACCUGACAAGCGCAACAGGAGGCUACCCGAGUGGAUGUCACCAAACAGACAAACGACCACAUCGUCCGAGUACAAGAAGGUGUCACCCAACAAGCGCACGCUCAACGUCUACUUCCCAGAGCAUCAAAUGGCCAAUCCACAGCAGAGAAAGUAUGGCAAGGCUGAGCUAGUGUUUGAGAAGCCAAAGAAUAGUGUUGGCGUUAGUGCAGGAGCAAUGGGCCCCCAGCAGACCAAGCAGCAACAGCCACCCAAACAACAAAAGCAACAACAGGCAACGGCUGCCAGUUCCACGGACAUGGUCAUCGACGUGAAGCAGGAGCCUGGAGUGAACCCAGUGGACAGCGCCAAUCAAUUCAUUCAACAACUGUUUGGACAAUAUAAGAGAUCGAAUGAUGGCAACUCAGGCGUGCCAGAUGUCAAGAAGGAUGAGGAGAUCAUGGACGUCUCGACAGAGGACGACGAAGAGGACACAGAGUUCUGCGUACCAAGGUCCAACUCUGAGGAGACACUACGCACAAUCAUCCAAAAUGCCUACAACAAAAGCCAUGAGCCAGAUCAGAUGUAUCCACUAUCGAGCCAGAUGAUGCUGGACAGCCAACAACCUCAGCAACCCCAGAUGACGACGACGACAAAUGAUGCCACAGUCGUGGCCGCUGGCGAGAAGAAGAAGCUUAGUCUCAGGCAACUGCUAGAGAGCCAAGGUAUCCAGCUCAACUUGGGUGGAUUCACCUCCACCUCAUCGCCAACCAAUUCACAAAGCACAUGA